CGGCCAUACAUUCUGAACGCACGUGUCGCGCGCCUUAAUUAUUUACGCCUCUGUACGGAGGUGUUGGUUAAUGAUAGCAGAGUUAACUAGAGCCUGUAAUAGAGGCUCAGCUGUUGACUGGCCGUGUUAUGUCCCGCGCGAGACGAUGCGAUUAAAAAUGCACAACUUCAAAACGAGUUGGAGUCCGCCGCGCCAGCGCACGCUGCCCAGUGGCGUGGUGACUCCGGAGCCGGGAACACCGGUGACUCCUCAUUUACUGCUCUGUGUUGUGCUGUUCUCUAGUGUGAUGCUGGUGAAAGUGGGUAGGAUUCUGUGCCAGACGUGAAACAAUGGGAGAUCGUUAAGGUUAUUAUUUUUAAUUAGGAUCAUCGCGAAUUUCAUUAAGACGGUAUCAUAAGGGUGCGUUCACAAGCCAUGAGCGGAGCGGGGGAGGGAGCGGUGCGGGGGUGGGGUUGCACGCCGACCGAAGAGGCACCACAGACCAAACCUCGAUUCAUACCGGCGGCCUUUGUGAGAGGAUGGCAAAGAACGACGUUGUAUGCAAUCCUGAUUGUGUUAAUGUUGCUGGUGUUUUUAAAUCUGGCUCUUACUCUAUGGAUCAUUACGUCGUUACGAUUGAGUAUGACAAACAUAGGUCCAAUUCGGAUUCAAAAAGGCGGGAUCCAGCUGGAGGGGCAGGCACUAGUGACGGACCGGCUGGUGGCGUCCACCAUCAGCUCACGGCCCGGCCAGCCCAUCACCCUGCACUCUCACCGGAACUUUUCCGUGCUGGUGUCGGACCCCGAUCACUUGGAGUACUCCAGGCUGUCCAUUACUCGCGACAGUAUGACAUGCGGCGGGCGCGCAUUCGAAGUAGUCGACGCGCGGGGCAAGUCCGUCUUCAGGGCGUCUCGGGAGGAGGUCCGCGUGUCCUCGGAGGUCCUCGCCGUGGACGGGGAGGGGGGGGUCACCGUCAAGAGCUCGAUACAAGCCCCCGUCGUGAGAGCGCCGCCAGGAUCCGAUUUAUUGUUGGAGUCCCAGACGCGUCGUCUGGACGUCCGCGCGCCGCAGUCCGUCGCGCUAGAGAGCCGCGCCGGCGCAGUGGACGUGCUGGCCCACGGCAACAUACUGCUCGACUCCACCGUGGGCGCGAUAAGAAUAGAAGCCCAAAACAUCUUCCUGACACAGCUGAAAGAAGCGAAACUAUUAACACACUCCACUGACCAGAAGAACAAGCAUUUGAAAAAAACAACGAAAGUAUACCAAGUAUGCGUAUGCGCGAAAAGUGGGAAAAUGUUUCUAGCCGCGCCUGAGGGACUCUGCUCGGCGCAUGUUGACGAUGUGGAUCUAUGCCGAUGAUCGAUACCAAACACAAACCCCCAUUAUACGGGUGUUGCAAAAAAGGUACAGUAACAAAGGUUGUUAAGAAUGACCACCAGAGUCAUCGCCUUUCGGCUUAUACCAAUUUUGCGACCGCCUGUAUAACGUAGACCAAACAUUUAUAAGUAUUUCUGGUUUAGACCGGAAUUACACUACUAGAUGUACUUAUAAGAAAUCUCUGGGCUGUAACCGGUUCUAACUAAACUAGGACUGCAUUAAAAUUUAGUGUACGUUUUGUAAAAUUAUAUAAUUUAGAAAAAUACAUGCACUGAUGAAGCAUUGGAUUAAAAUGUCAAUUAGUACAAAUUGCCAUUAUGUGUUCGAUGAUAACUAUAGUGAUUUCAAACAGUGAUAUGAUGUUUAUAGUGGUUUAAAUUAUAAACUUUCAAGAUUGAUAUGCCUGAUUUGUGCCAAAUAAUAUAGCUAAUUACUAAUUAAGUACUUAGAUAACACAAAAUUAUCUAGUCUUUCAACACGUCUAUUGCACUUUAGUAGUUAAGAUUAUUUAUUAAGAAAAUCUUUUUACAAAACAAUGACUUUUAUUUAAAUUCUUCGGUUUCAGUAGUGUCCUAUAUUUUUUUUUG